UCGCCGGAAUUUCGCUGGCCUAUUUAUUCUGUACCGUUGCAAACCGAAGUUUUAACAAUAUUAAAGCAAUAACAGAGUGAUAGCCAAUUUGUUUUAUAAACAAUUGGCUUCAUAUUUUUAAGUUUUAGUAUUAAAACUGCUGAUAAAAAGUGAUAUGUGAAGUGAUGAGGAUAGUUCUUAUUUGAUAUCGUGUAUGAUAAACAGUGAUGAUGGGAGAAAUAAAUGUUUAUACAAUAAUACUAUUAUUGUUUGCGAAGCAAGCAUUUGGCAUUCGAGUGACCGAGCUCACAGUACCAAGUCAUGCGGUGGAAGACGGUUCUGUCCUGCUGCAGUGCCACUAUGACCUCGAGGGCGACAUGCUGUACUCUAUAAAGUGGUAUAAAGAUAACCGGGAGUUUUUUCGAUACGUUCCAAGCAAUAAUAUACCUUUCAGCUAUUUUCCACUGAAUGGAGUAACGGUUGAUGAAAAAGAUUCAUCAAGUAACGUCGUAAAGUUAGUAAAUUUGACUCCCGAGUCUGCGGGGCUAUACCGCUGUGAAGUCUCCGGCGAGGGACCCUACUUCGUCACUGUUUUUGAUGAGAAAAAAAUAAGCGUACACCUGUUACCCUAUGACCGUCCUCGAGUGAUAGGCCUACAAGAAGAAUACAAAGUGAGCGAUAUUCUAGCAGUAAACUGCACAUCAUCAAGAUCUCGGCCACAGACUCAACUUAAAUGGCUGAUCAACGAUGAAGCCGCUCCUAGACGACAUAUCACCGGACCGUGGUACAGAAUAUCUGACGAGCGGCCUGAUGCCAGAGAAACGAUACUGCAAUUGAGAUUUAUUUUGAAAGAGGAACAUUUUAAAAACGGUUUGCUACAGAUUAAGUGCCAAUCUUCGAUAGCGCCAUUAUAUCAAGACGAAAUAGUGCAUCACAUUAUACGAGCGGAGGACAGUAUCUUAGAUCCAAUACCGGAGGAAGUGAUAAAUGAGGAAGUCAACAAGAUGUUUGGCCAACACACACAGAGAGAGGAGCGGGAACCGAUACCUAUAGCUGAAUCGCAGAAUGAUCGAAAUUCUGCUGCGACUUUUCGUGCGUCGUAUUCAUCGAUUGUAAUUAUAUUAUUACUAAAAGCUAUUUCAUAAAAAAGUAAUUUUAAAUAUUUAUGUCCUAUAAUGUAGCAUUCAUAUUAAUGGAAUUUCACGAAAUCUCCUGUGAUUUUUUUACAACACGAUUGCAUUAAAUGCAUUUACUUUUACAAUGCGUUAGUAACGAAAUUUUUAUUUCCAAAAUAAAAUAUACGCAUUUAAGUGAUAUAUUUCUAUCGAUGUGAUAUUUUACGUAAAAAUAAUUAUUGAAAUACAUGAAAAUAACUUUAAUUUAAGUAUCCCAACUGCACAAAUUGUAGUGUUUGCUAAUAUAAUACCAACCUACAUAAGCAAUUCCAA